AUGACUAGCUCCUCUACAGCAGAAGGAAGUGGAACAUCAGCUCGAGCGCCAAGACCAUUACGAAGGAUACCUACGUCACCAUACCCAUUGAAACAACUUCAUCCAUCUAGCUCAAUACCCAGAUUUCCACUCAUUGCACCUGAAACGGAAGAGGCAAAACAAUACGCCGAAAGCAGUAUCGAUGGAAGCAUAUUACAGCAAGCCAAGAAAGCAUUUGAGCAGGUCCGACCGGUUCUAGCAAUCAAUGUUCCGGCCAAGCAGACAUCGCUUUUCCAAAAUCAUCAACAUCUGAAACAGAAUGUAUUGAGAGUACCAAGAUUGCGGCCGCUAAAAUCUGAUCCGAAUGAUCCAGAUCGAAGGAUACUGCUUUUCAAUGUGGAGAAACUGGAAGAUUUGUCUACAGAGGGACAAGAAGUGCUGCGAUCUGCGGAAGCGGAAGGAACAUUGAAUAUCACAUCUGACGAAGUACGGGCCGAAUACGAUCACUGGAAUGCAGAUGAUGUACUUUCUGCUUUACUUCCUGAAGGAUUACCAGAAGGCACACCAACAGCAUUUACGACAACAGGUCAUAUCGCACACGUCAAUCUACGUGACGAAUAUGCUCCCUAUCGAUUCAUUAUCGGACAGGUGAUCUUGGACAAAAAUACAGCGAUUCGAACUGUUGUCAAUAAACUCGAUACGAUCGAUAAUGAGUUCAGGUUCUUCAAGAUGGAGAGAUUGGCAGGCGAUGAUGAUUACAUGGUAACGCUUUCGGAGAGUGGCUGCUCGUUUACCUUCGACUUCCGAACGGUAUACUGGAAUUCAAGACUGCAUACUGAGCAUGCGAGACUUUUAGAUAUCUUCAAGCCGUUUGAAGUGAUUAGCGAUGUAAUGGCUGGCGUUGGACCGUUUGCUGUACCCGCAGCAAAGCGGGGCUGCCAUGUAUUGGCAAACGACUUGAAUCCUGCAAGUUAUGAAUCCAUGUUGGUCAAUCAGGUGAAGAACAGAGUAGAAGAUCGUUUAAAGCCAUUCUGUGAGGAUGGACGUGCAUUUAUACGAAACAGUAUCAAGCUUUGUUGGGAAAAGCCUUCUGAUGGAACGCCUGUAUCAGAAUUGGAUCGAAAGACUGUUUUGAGCAGCAAUACACGAUUGAUCGAUCAUUUCGUCAUGAAUUUGCCUGCGACAGCUAUUGAAUUCUUAGACGCUUUCCGGGGGGCAUACAAGGACAUUGCUGGAGAGGAGUUGGAGAAGGAACUUGAAAGGCGUUCAAACACAGAAGGAAAAGAGACAGUAUUUCCAAUGGUGCACGUACACUGCUUCACAAAAGAUCUCGAAGAACCUUAUCGAGACAUAUGCCAACGUGCAAACAAGGCUAUGGGCAUACCUGAGGAUUCACCUCAUCCCCCUUCUGAAACAAGCCUCCAUCUGGUCCGCUCCGUUGCACCCAACAAGGACAUGUAUUGCUUAUCAUUCCGACUCACUCGUGCAAUUCUUUUUGAUACCAUCUGA